AGUGUCUUCUCACAGUCAGAGAGCGCGCAACGGUCAGUGAGCGCGCAACAGCUCUCAUAUUUGACAUUAAAUGUGGACUGACAUGAACUUUUACUGAUAUUGGAAUGUCCAUUUUAUGUGAAUUUUGAUAAGAAAACGUUUAAGAAACUGAUCGAUUCCUGAUACGAUAAAGGAGACAUCAAAUGGAUAAAUAGCCUAUAGCGCAAUGCUACGAUAUUAUUUUAUCGUUAUAUAUAUAUUAUCUCUUAGUACUGUUUUUUAAUUCUCUUGUCGCGGGGUGUGUCCAGCAGAGCAGCACUGAGCGCUUGUCGGAGUCUGUCCGGAUGUGUAUGAUGUCUGAUCACUUGUUCCUCACCACUUGCACCAGUGCGCAUCUGGCGCGCAAUGGAUUUACUGUGGAAAUUCUUCUAUUUCGUGUUUAACAAGUUUCUCUUUUUUCUGAAUGGAUAUGAAUAAAGCGACGAUGAUUUUCGUAACUUUUUGGAUAAUGCUGCCUGUCCUUGAUCUAGUGCUCUUCUCAAAGGCAGAUGCGAUCGCACACUCUCGAUCGGUUCGAGUGGACUGCGUUAGGGCUCAUGAACAGUGUUUGGCGAAAUACAUCUGCAGCACUAAGUAUCGAACCAUGAGACAGUGUGUGGCCGGGAGAGCCAGUAACUUCAGCAUGCUGGCUGAACCCGAAGCGCAGGACGAGUGUCGGAACGCCAUAGAGUCUAUGAAACAGAGUCCUCUGUACGACUGCAAAUGUAGGAGAGGAAUGAAGAAAGAGAAGAACUGUCUGCGCAUCUUCUGGAGUAUAUACCAGAGUUUACAGGCCAAUGAUUUGCUGGAGGACUCGCCAUAUGAGCCAGUAAACAGCCGUCUGUCUGAUAUUUUUCGUCUGGCUCCCAUCAUAUCAGGUGAGGCGGCCUUUACGAAAGACAACAACUGCCUGAACGCCGCCAAGGCCUGCAACCUGAAUGACACAUGUAAGAAGUAUCGCUCCUUCUACAUCAGCCCCUGCACCAGUCGAGUUUCGACUACUGAGGUGUGUAACAAGCGCAAGUGCCACAAGGCCCUGCGGCAGUUUUUCGACAAAGUCCCACCGAAGCACAGCUACGGCAUGCUUUACUGCUCCUGCCCCUCCGGGGAUCACUCGGCCUGCUCCGAACGCAGGCGUCAGACCAUCGUGCCAGCCUGCUCAUACGAGGACAAGGAAAAACCCAACUGUCUCUCCUUGCAAGCCUCGUGCAAGACCAACUACAUCUGCAGAUCUCGUUUAGCCGACUUUCUCAGCAACUGUCAACCUGAGGCGCGCUCCAUUUCAGGAUGUCUGAAGGAAAACUAUGCAGACUGUCUGCUGGCAUAUUCGGGUCUCAUUGGUACGGUGAUGACCCCUAACUACCUCCGUGCCCUUGGCGUCAGCGUGUCUCCUUGGUGUGACUGUAGCAACAGCGGAAACGGAAAAGCAGAAUGUGACAAGUUUACCGAGCUUUUCACCAACAACCGUUGUCUCCGCAAUGCCAUCCAAGCGUUUGGUAAUGGCACAGAUGUUGGUGUGUGGCAACCCCAGCCACCCAUCCUGUCCACUCCACCUGACCCUUACAAUCCACCGAGAGGACGGGACAGGACGUCUAACACACUGGAUGACCCAUCACAGACCAAUGAGCUGGACAGUAAUGCGGACCAUCUAUACAGCUUCUGCGGAAGCCUGCAGGCUCAGAAACUGAAAAGUAAUGCUACUCUGGAUGUUCUUUGCGUGGAUCCGCAGCUGAAUGACCCCAGUAGGUUUAAUGCAAUCUCUCGGAGCUCAACUAGUGCUGUCUGCCUGAUGGACUGGACUGUUCUCUUGCUAUCUCUGGUCUCAAUCCUUGGGAAUCUCACAGCCUCACAGACAUUAUAGCCGCUCGCCGAUCAGACCUGAUGGACUGCUGCUGCUGCCGCCUCUGUACCAUUACAAAAAUGUUGUAUUUUGAGUUGUUUUUUCCGCAAGUGGUUCUUCUGUGUGCGGUGUGGUGUUUCGCUGUGAUGAAACUACUCUCGAUCCACCUGCUUUUCUUCAUCACUUAUCGGAGAUAACGGACAUACUGUAUUUGCUCAUCAGAGGAAGGUCAUCUAGGAUUACUUCUGUUGAGAAAACUUUCUGCAAACAGGUGUCGCCCAAAUUCUGCAAUUUUUUCUACCAUCACAGAAAGAUCUGGUUGAAAAUACAAAGAUGCAUGGAGAUGCCAGAACCACUUCUGACAAUUAAAGAUUGAUGAAGCUUCUGAAUACUAGGAUGCCACAGGAAAGCCUGCAGACUUCAACUAAUAUUUCACAGUAUUUUUGAAGGCUUAUCAGCAAAACCUGCUGCUCCUGUCCCUUAUUAGGACCUACAAACUCCAUUCUCCCUCAAAGUGGCAAUGCUCCAGCUUAGAUGAUACGGUACGGGAAACGAACAUCAGGAUAGAUACGACACUUUAUCACGGGAAAACACAGGCAGUUUUUUGCCGUGAUAAAGUUUUCUUUUCUUUUUUUAGUAUCUGGAUCAAUUUUAGUUACCUUCUCCAGUUAAACACACUGUAAGGAUGAGAGCUAAGCACCAAUUUGCUUAUUUUGGGACUUUUUUGGGGGGGACUUGCCAUUAUCCUGGAUAUUUACUUGUAAAUACCAUCUUUGUUUACAAUUACCACAUUCUGCUUCUAAAAGUUUAUUUCUAAUCUAGCUAUUGUAUGAAGUUUUAGUGAUGAAAUUCAGAAGUAACUACGAGGGUUGAUACCACAGUCCAGUAUAUGUCAAAUGUGCUGUAUGUACAUUCAGUGAGAACGGUUUCUUUUGCACAUCUAAAAGAAGUGCUUUCCGAGUAUCAUUUCUGCUUUGUUGUUGUACUGGUUAGCUGUAAAAAGAAUAUAUAUAUAUAUAUAAACGUAUAUAGAUCAGGGCUGUAAGACAUGCAAGAGCAAAGAUAAACUUACAUUAAACAAACUAAAGAUGGCCUUUUAACUUCUGUCUUAUUUUUCUUCCUUUUUUUCUUGUUAAGUUACAUGCAUGCAGGUUUUUUAAUAGUGUAAAUUCUAUCACGCACACUCACAUUAUUGGUCAAAUU